AGUCGCAGGCGGCGCGUCGCUCGCACGCGUGUGUCCCGCCCGCGCCAUGUCCACCGCCGCGCCGCUCCGCGCGUGCGCGUUGCUGCUCUGCCUGCUCGCAGGCAGCCAACAAUUAUCGAUAAAGGAAUUUGAGGUACCCAGUGCUGUAGAAGUCGGUAAAGAUGCUGAAUUGAAAUGUCAGUAUGAACUUAAUGCCGGUGAAGAGGAAGUCGCGUUUUUCAUAAAGUGGUGGUGGACGCCGCAGUCAGGUUCCAGUUACGACAAGAAGCUCAUAUAUCAACGAAUAGCUGGACAUACACCAGAGACUCAAGUCCGUCACGAUAACACUAGCCAGAUAGAGAUAAAAGAAAAUGACUCCAUCGUGUUAUUGAAUGUGAACCCUGUGGAUUCUGGAACUUAUGAGUGUGAAGUAUCGAACAUCGACGAGAUAAGGAAACAUGAAAAGCUCAUUGUUUAUUCCUUAGUAGUAGGCCCGGAAAUAAACUACACAUUAGUAAAUAAUGACGCCGAGGAUAAAGAGGACGACAUGUUGUUAAUAGAAUGUCAAACUGAAGACAUCGCGCCUAUGCCGGAUAUGAGCAUCACAUUUCAAGGGGAAAAACUGAAUGUAACAAAAAGCAUAGAAGACAGUGAUAACGAUGGAUUUUAUAACAUACACGCUAACGCAACUGUAAGUACAGCAGACAUAGACGGGGGUGAAAUACGAUGCGAACUAUGGUACACCGAUUUAGAACAUAAGCGAUAUGUCGUCAUCGAGUCCUACGUGGCUCCAGGCCGCGACGCGUCGUCCACCACUGAGCUACCCGAGGACAAUACGACCGAGCCGGAUCCUACGCACAACUCCUUGCAAAACUACAGUGACGAUGGCAUUCGGCUACUCUGCUCAUGGAAUUUGGUGACGUUUGCAACAGUUGUGGUGUAUCUAGCAACAUUCAGGCCCUGACUAUUGUGAUACUAAUUACGUAACUAUGCUAAUAUUAUUAAUUGUAAUUAAGCUUUACCUAAUAAGUACCUGUACAAUAAUUAUAUUUGAUUUACAAUAUUAAUAAAAAAUACGUAUUGUUGCAAUUUAAAAUUUUUAUUUAUAAAUCUGUAUAACAUAAAAUUGCAUCACAGCCUUGGUUUGUUGUAGGCCAUUAUGCUAAACCCCUAUUUUAGCCUGUUAUAAAAAUAUAACUAUUUGCUUUACAGUACACCGUUAAUUAAUUAGUCAAAACAAAUAUAAUAGGUUUAUCGUACCUUACAAUACGACAAAUCAUUGGUUUCACACUUCACAGAUUAAAUAAAACAACAAAUAUCGAUAAGAACUUAUAUUCUUAAACAUUUGAUUCUUAAACCGUCAAAUCAAUAUUUCAAUAUAAUUUUCUAGGUACAUUGAUACCUAAACAUAAUUUUAAAUACACAACAUCUCUAAAAUAAUAUAUAUUUUUAUUAAUAUAAUAAUAGGUAGCUACUCUUAAAAUAGUUAUCUAAUUCAGGGGCCAGUCCGCCAUGGCAAUCGGCGAGCGCGUCGGAAUGACGAACAUGUAAACAAGCAGUCUCGGGCCCCAAAUGGCACGCUUCAUGUACCUAAUAUUAAAUUUAAACCACAUCCUCAUCCUUACGUCUUACAAUCUUUGAACAGUUCAGUCAAAUACUUAAUAAAAAAAAUACAAAAUGAACAUAGCUGAUAUAAAAGUCUUUGGUUCGUUAAACUUUUAAAGCGACACGUAGACAUGAACAUUUCAUGUCACGGUGUAGAGAUUGGUCGAUCAACCAAUAUCAUGGCAAGGUUGAUAACCCAAGGUGCGCCAGACGGUCUAUAUACCGUCACUCGGAAAGGCUCUCUACUUGCACCACAAAAUUAAGACUCAUAUAAAAUAUGACUGAUAAUGAUCAUCAAUCAGUUUCACAAAAGCGACAAUAAAUUACAUUUAGCGCUAUAACAACUUAUCUUCUAAUUUAUUCUACAUGCUACUUAAACAAAAUAUAAUAUGGUUUUUGUAUUUGGUACAAAGUAACUAUACUACUCCUAAACGCAAUCAUUAUCCAAUAGUGCGUUAGACCAUAUCUAUAACCGUUCUGCGUACAAAAUUCUCCCCCAAAAGAGGCCAUUUGCAAAUUAAAAAUACUCCAGCAGAUGGACGAAGAAAUAUUGACGUUACACAGUCUUCUUUCAUUAAAAUUGAAUUCCCACUUUCCAGUGUAGUCAUAAUUGAAACAAAAUUUUACUGGAUAAAAUGAUUACUUAAAUUCUUUUUAUAAUCUUCCUUCAUUUAUAUAAUUUGAAAAAAUAUUUUUCUUUAAUUUUAAUGUAUGAAGUAAAUAUAAAUUAGUUUUUCAUUCAUACAUAUAAAUACAUCAAUCUGAAAUGAUAACAAUAGUAAAUUCAUCUAUUUAAAAGUAAUGCACGUUUUCAUUUGAGUUAAAAAUCAGUGCUAGCGGUAAUGAAUAUAAAAAUCAGGUGCUUAUUUUUGCGCAUUCGAAUAUAUUGAUUACGCAAAUUUGAGCGUAUUUUUUGUCGUGAAAGGAAAAUAUGCAUUACUAUGCGGUGUUAAGGGGGAAUUUGAUGUGUAACAAUUCAACUCACGCUUGUGGAAACUACUUCUAUAAAGUUAUUAGGUACUUUUAAUGUACUCUGUUACAUUUUUAACACCAGCCUGCCAUUUGCCCUACACAAAGAUCAACAACUACAUGACACAUAUUUUUACUUAUUACGUAAUAUUUACACCCCUUUUCGACUUUAUAUUUAGACAGAUAAAGCACCUAAUCUACUAUUACAACUAAUUCGUCAAUAAUCUCAAAUCGCACAUUUUAUUAAUCACUAAAUACAUUGUUGACCAUUAUCACCACUACAUACAUCAAAAAAUAAUUAUACUAUCUUUAUUAGCCUCUAAAAAUAGGUGAUACAUCUUGGUUUAGAUUUUUAUAUGUUGAGAAUUCCUGUGGUCUAGAUAUGGUAAAUCUUUGCCAGCCUCCACAGCCUCUUAAUGUAGUGUUUGAUAAAGAAUAGAGAUCAAUUACAAUGGAGGUUUAAUAUUAAUACAACAGCCACUUAUUACACUUGCACAAUGGCAUUUUUUUAUACAUAAAAGUACUUGCUUUGGUUUAUUCUAAGUCAUACAUUGUUAUUGUAUAUCUGAUUAGUAUUAAUCUAUUAUGUAACAAUAAACAAUUUGGAUCUGUUUCACUAAGAUGCACAUACACAUUAUUUAAUUGUAUCAAUAACUGGCUACAUAGAAUUAGUAUUUUUGAAUAAACUUACUUUGGCAAUUAAAUGCAACAUGUUCACUUGUAAGCAGGAACUAGAAAUAAAUGUGUGCACUGAACACAUUAUUGUUGAACAUUAAAGACAUGUAAGUAUACAUUCAUAGCAAAAUUCCAUUUAUAUGAUUAUAUUACCUAUUAUAGGGGACUGCCUAACUUAUAAUUUAUGUUAUUUAGAUAUCAUACUAAAUAAAUACAAAGUACAUACUUACAUAUAAACAUAACCAUAUUUUUUAAUUUCCAGGCAUGAAUAUUCUGUCAUUUUAGGUUUUUUAGUGAAUGUGUUUAAAUACAUAUAUCCACUACAAUAUUUCUCAGCACACUUGUGACUGCAAAAAGCACUGUCAACUUACCAUGGGUUGUUGCUAUCUUUUAUUAUACUCUUGAAUUAAUUUUAAAUAACAGUUUACCAGCUCAUAAGUUAUGUCAAAAUCUCCACUAUCCUUUAAUAAAUCUACUAGUCAAGCAUGUUUAAUGUCAAUGCUUAGGCCGACCGUACAUCAUUUAUGAGGCAUUUUCAAUUACCUCCACUAAUUGAUUUUCAUAAAAGAAUAUUUUGCACCCUUAUAUAUAUAUAUAUAUAUAUAUAUAUACUAUACAUAUAUGUAAUGGAUAUUUAUAUACAAAAACAAAUUAGUCACACCAGAAAAUAAAAAUAUGCAAAUCUAUUUGUAUACACAAAUAGAAAAUAAAUUGAACUCAUGCAGCUGGAUAGUAGUAUUCCAAUUAGUCCAUAAAAUGUAUGUAGCCCUUACAUUUUUAACUAUUUACUUUAUUUUUGUCAUUUGUGGCUGGACUUCCGCAAAUAAUAUUACAUGAAUUAUGCCUGGUUUUCCGAGUACCGUCUCCAUCACAAUCUGCUCCAGCAGCUACGGAUGUCAAUGCAACUGUUUUAUCAAAAUCAAUAGUAGUGUAUCCUAUGGCAGCUGACGGUGCAGCCGUGGAGUUGUUAGCAAGGUUCACUUUUUCAACACUGCACUGUGAUACGAGACGACCGCGAGGCUGAGAUGAACAUGAAGCGACACUUUCAUUUUUUGAACUGCUGAAGGACUGGCUCUCCGGCGAAGUUAAAUCUCGCGUCAUCUUAACGAUUUCCUUAUUAGAGUCAAUAUCCAAUAUCGCGUAGUUAACUUCCAGUUCUUCUACUGGUGACAUGGAUGUAAAUGUAUCAGACUCGGAAAAUUUUUGGUUGUGUUCACUUGGUGCAGAGAAACUUAAUAUUUGUUUGGCAUUUUUUACAUUUUCACCCAGAUCACCUAGAGACAAGUUUGCAUAUGUAUUUAAUAUCUCUGGUUUAUUUCCCACAGUUAAAUUGCAAUAUUCUACUUGUUUAGGAGUUAAUGGAGUAGUAGGGACUGUAUCAUUCUUACUAACAUCUGGUAGGUUAGAAUCAAUAGGGACAAUGUUCAUAUACAGCCUGGCAGAUUCCUGCUGCAGCAGCAGUAGCUGUUGUUGUUGAUACUGUUGUUGUUGUUGAUACUGUUGUUGUUGUUGUUGUUCUAAACUCAAUUGUGCAUAAUGUUCACUAGAGUUACUCAGUGUUGGGGACAAAGGACUGUUAAGUUGUUUAUUGGAACUAUUAUCAUUCAUAUAUCGACUUUCAAGGAAUCUGGUUUCAUCUUCAAUAUCCCUCAUUGUGUUCAAGGCAGUUUCCUGCCGCAGUGUAUUACGCAAGAUUGCUAAAUCUCGAUUGAUAUCAUUUGAAUAAACAUGCCUGUUAUCAGGAGGUCGGCUCUCCAGCGCACUUUCACCCUGAUUGUUAUUGGGUUCCCUCUUAAAAUCUCUUAAUUGAUAUACAUUGGUGACUUGAUUUGUACUGGAUUGAGAUCGUGGAUAUAGAGGCAUCACUUCCAAAAUAUCUGCACUUGACGGUGAUCUAGGUGACUGAGAAACAUUUCUUGCUACUUGUGCAUUUGGUAUAAUGCUUGGUAAAUUAUUGUUCAUUACUGGUCGUGUAUUAUCUGGCUGGCCAUUAUCUAUAGAAGAACGAUGCACUACACUUGCCUGCAAUGUUUGCCUGCCUUGUGGUGAAGGAGUUAAUCUUGAUACAGGAUAUGGUACAGAAUCAUGAAUUACAUUUCUUAAUUGAAUUUGUUGCUGUAGUGUGCGAAAUAAUAAAGAUGCUCUUCGACACCUAAAUGCAUAUAUUCCUUCUCCAGUCUCACAUCUUCUACCUGAA